AUGCGGCGUCUGACCCGGAAGCCAUCCAUGAUUGGGAUCCACCUCGCAUUCACCACAACGCUCGUCAACAAAAUCACAGCCACCAUGCCGCCAACACGACGACAGCCGAACCAGGAAACCCGAAUUGUCGCGGCCGUCAGAGCUGUCCACAAAAAAAGGGUCAAAUCAAUACGCGGCGCCGCCCGCCAAUUUGUUGUUCCCUACAAUACGCUCUACAAUAGAGUCCACGGCGUCGUCAGUAAAGUUGAAUGCCGGCCGCAUGGCAAUAAACUCAACUUGGAGGAAGAAAACGAGCUUGUCGAAUGGGUUAUCACCACCGCUCAAGAGACCGCGCGCCCGUCUCGGGGAGACAUUAUGAAGAUGACGAAGACGAUCAUGCUGCGAAGAGAAAAUCCACCGGAACAGGUGAUUACAUUUGGCGAGCAAUGGAUCACGGCGUUAUUCAACCGGCGGCCGGAGCUGAGGACCGUCUAUCCAAAGCCACAGCGGCAAGCGAACUUCCAGGGCACACUUUUAGGAACUGAGGAACCAUCAAUCUUACGAAACUCAACCGUCCAGAGAAUCGCUACCGCCUCGGCGGGUCAACCGGCCUACCCCUUUCCCAUACCUCCUCCUAUGUCUCAGGCUCCAAUGCCUAUUCCCGUACCCGUGCCAGCAAUGCCGGGUGUAAGGGGCAAUCUAGAGUCCGAAUCGGCGUUUCGGUUCCGUCAGCUGGAGCAUCAGGUCUCGAUGCUCAAGGAGCUGAUGGCUGAUGUACAGAGUUUGCCGGUCCCGACGCAGACUGCAGUCAACGAGCUUAUACGCUCGUGCGAAACGAUCAUGACGGGGACGGUCGGUCUGGUUAGAGGAAAUCUGGAGCAGCAGGCAGCUCUGAAUUCGAUCACAGAGCAAGCGAGGAGGGACGGGCAGCCAUCAUGAGCGAGAUCCGAUCCAUUGCUUCGUUUUGCCGAGUGUCUAUUUUGUCGAUACCUUUCGUCACCUGUACAUAACCCUUCAGCCUGUGGCAGUAGCCCGCUUUUAUCAAGAAGAUUUUGGGAGAUUUCUAUUCGUGUUCGAUAUGAGGCUUGUUUGCUCGGCACUCGUAAUGCUAGCUGAAGUAUCUCUCUUUCGUUGGAG